AUGGGAAUCAACCCCACGGUAACCAAAUUGCCACCCAACUUACAGAAUAAGUGGCGUGAUCGUGCCGCUAUGUACAAGCGUAUACACAGUGUGCUAUUCCCACCCUUCACAUACUUCUGCGACUUUGUGCAUGACAUGGCCGAAGUAUUCAACGACCCAAGCUUUGACUUCGAUAUAAAUACAAACACUUACAGUCAUGGACCGCCAGUGAGAAAUACUAGAGUGUCGGUAGCCAAGACAACGGUGGGCUCUACGAAUGGAACAGAAGAUGACCGUGUCCUAUGCAUCAUUCAUAAGACAAACCACACAUUAGAUGAGUGCCGUGUAUUUCGUCACAAGCCAUUCGAAGAACGCAAGACUCUUUUGAAGCAAAACGGAAUUUGCUUUCGUUGCUGCGCUGCCAAGCAUCUCAGAAGAAAUUGUCACGCAAAAAUUCGGUGUUCAGAGUGCGGCGAAAUGACACAUGCCACAGCCAUGCAUAUAUUCAGAACAUCACCUGCAUUGGAGACCUCACAGCCAUUCCAAGUAGCGUCAACUCAUGGCGGGGAGCACCGGACAGAAGUGUCGUCAAGCUGUACUGAGAUUUGCAAGGAAGGUCCAGCAAAGUCGUGUGCAAAGAUUGUGCUUGUGACAUUGUCACACAAAGACAGUGUGAAGAUUAGAACCUAUGCAAUCAUAGAUGAUCAAAGUAACGCUUCCUUGAUCAGUAGCGAACUUUUAGAUUUUUUCAAAAUCAAGGUUGAAGCAGAGCCAUACUGUAUUAACAGCUGUGCUGGGAAAGUCAUGACUGCUGGACGGCGCGCGGACGGCUUCAUUGUGACAUCAUUGUGUGGAAAGGAACGACUCGCUUUACCUACCUUGACAGAGUGUGAUAUGAUUCCAAACAACAGGAAUGAAAUCCCAACACCAGAGGUAGCCGCUAGAUACCCACACCUCAAGUCUAUUGCUGGUAAACUACCCGAACUGGACUCUAAGGCCAAAAUCUCUCUUCUCAUUGGACGAGAUCUGACUCCCGCUCACUACGUGUUGGAUCAGAAGAUUGGACAAGCAGGCCAACCAUAUGCUCAGAGACUUAAGUUAGGAUGGGUGAUCAUUGGAGAGACGUGUCUCGAUGGCCAGCACUUACCUCAUGACUUGAACUCUAUGAAAACACACACUCAGUUCAACGGACGUCCUACUGCCUUGGAUCCUUGUGACAGUUAUCUACAUGUAGACUCAGUAUUUAGAACAACAAAGGAUGACAACAAACCGUCAUUAUCUAUAGAGGAUCAGCAUUUUCUAGACCUCAUGGACCGUGAGAUGACCCGAGACAAGAAUCACAACUGGGUUGCACCUUUACCCUUCAAGCAUUCUCGUCCGCCUCUUCCAAACAACCGUCAUCAAGCAAUGGACCGAGCGAGGAACUUUGACAUCUCUUUACGCAAGGAUCCGGUGAAACAUCGACACGCUCUGGAAUUUAUGCAAGCACUGUUGAAGAAUGGACAUGCGGAGAUAGCUCCUGAACCUGAACUCAACCGAGAAUACUGGUACCUACCCAUAUUCGGAGUUUAUCAUCCCCAGAAGAAGGAUCGUAUUAGGAUGGUUUUUGAUUCAUCUGCGAAAUGUCAAGGCAUUUCUCUUAACGACGUACUUAUGACAGGACCGAAUCUCAUGAACAAUUUAGUAGGAGUCCUUAUGAGAUUCCGUUUAGAGAAGAUUGCAGUAAUUGCUGACCUUCAACAGAUGUUUUACAGUUUUCUUGUUCACCCGUCCCAUAGAGACUAUUUACGCUUUGUAUGGUAUGAGGACAAUGAUACAACCAAACCACUGAUGGAUUAUAGAAUGAAGGUGCAUGUUUUUGGCAAUGGACCAAGUCCAGCUGUGGCUGCACUUGGGUUGAGGAAGACUGCAGAUAUAGCUGAGAAAACCGUGGGCGCUGAUGUCAAGGAGUAUAUCUACAAGAACUUUUAUGUGGAUGAUGCACUUUCAUCACACAGAUCAGCUGAAGAGGCAACAACGCUUCUCAAGAAGGCCAUGAAGUCUCUCCAAGAAGAGGGAAAUCUGCGGCUACAUAAACUUUGCUCAAACUCCGGUGAAGUACUUGCUGCAUUCGACAAAGAUGAUCUGGCGAAAGAUUUAACAGAGCUGGAUUUUGAUUAUGAUGAUCUCCCAAUCCAGCGGAGUCUAGGAGUUUCCUGGAAUCUAGAGAGAGACACUUUUACAUUCCGUGUGACUGUAAAUGAAAAACCAUUUACGCGACGUGGUGUGCUGUCGACCAUAAACGGACUGUAUGACCCCUUAGGAUUUGCUAUGCCUGUCACCAUUGCAGGAAAGUUACUCCUUCGAGAGGCUAUGAACCAGCCAUUAGAUUGGGACCAACCACUACCUGAGGAAUUUCGCAGCAAAUUCCAACUCUGGAAGAAUGACUUAGGCUCAUUAGAAGGAGUGAACAUUCCUAGAACUUACUCGAUGGAUGCAUCAUCUGACAGGGACUUGUUUAUCUUCACAGACGCUUCUGAAUUGGCUAUCGCUGCAGUGGCUUACAUUGUCACUGUCGACAACAGCAGUAAACGUCAUUUUGGAUUCGUACUUGGAAAGACCAAGGUAGCUCCUAAACAUGGCCAUACCAUCCCUCGUCUCGAGCUGUGUGCUGCUGUUCUAGGAACGGAAAUUUAUGACGUCAUCAUGGAUGAACUGGAAGUAGAAUUUCGUCAAGUGAAAUUCUUUACUGAUAGCAAGGUCGUCUUAGGUUAUAUUGGAAACGAGACCAAGCGGUUUUACACGUACGUCAGGAACCGUGUUGACAGGAUACGGAAGUCAUCAAGUCCUGAACAGUGGGGAUACGUACCGACCGCACAGAAUCCAGCAGAUGAGCCCACAAGAUCCAUUUCAGCUGGAAGUCUGCAAGAGAGCAAGUGGCUAAAUGGUCCUAGUGGUUCAUUCUCCAGACAAGCAGAGGAAAGUUACCAGGAGUUUCCAUUAGUUGACCCUGACGAGGACAAGGAGAUUAGAACUCUGAAAACCGAUUUAGUGGAUCAUGUUGCAGAGAAAACCCGUCCACUGUCUGAUCACUUUGAGAGAUUCGUUCGCUCAAAAAUCGCAACCAAGAGUCAGUCACGUACACCUGAAGAAGAUGCCAAACUAACAGUCAUCAGAGUAGUCCAGAGAGAUUACUUCUCAAAGGAAAUUGCAGCCAUAAGAGAUAAAUUACCACUUCCGAGAUCUAGCACCAUCUGGGAACUCUCUCCUUACCUGGAUGACGACGGACUUCUUCGUGUUGGUGGACGCAUACGGGAGUCAAAACUGUCCAUGCUGCAGACAAACCCUGUCAUCAUUCCAAAACAUCACAUUUCCGUCUUGAUCGUCCGUCAUUUUCAUGAAAAAAUCAGUCACCAAGGGCGUCAAUUGACUGAAGCGGCUGUCAGAAGUGCAGGAUUUUGGUUGAUUGGUGGACGAAGGUUUGUGAAUUCCUGUAUUCAUCACUGUGUGAUAUGUCGAAAACUGCGAGGAUGUCGUGAGGAGCAGAAGAUGGCUGACCUUCCAUUUGAUCGUUUGGACCCAGCACCCCCAUUCACUUACAUUGGGAUAGAUGUCUUUGGUCCGUGGACAAUAGCCACCCGUAAGACUCGCGGAGGAGAAGUCAACUCAAAGCGAUGGGCCCUACUGUUCACUUGCCUCGUUGUGCGCGCUGUGCACAUUGAACUGUUGGAGGAGAUGUCGUCUUCCAGUUUCAUCAAUGCUCUUAGACGAUUUUGUGCAGUGAGAGGGGAAGUGAAAAUUAUUCACUCUGAUCAAGGGACAAACUUUGUUGGCUCUACUAAGGACUUGAACGCGAAUGUCAUCAGAGUAGACGACAGACCCAUACAGAGGUACCUUAUUGAUCACAGCAUCAACUGGGUUUUUAAUCCACCUCAUGCCUCACAUAUGGGAGGGGCAUGGGAGAGAAUGAUAGGAGUGGCAAGACGCAUACUGGAUUCUCUCUUGCUGGGUGUGAAGAACCUGACGCACGACGUACUUGCGACACUUAUGGCAGAAGUUUCAUCCAUCGUGAAUGCUAGACCCCUCACACCUAUGUCUUACGACCCUGAAUGUCCAUGUCCACUUACCCCAGCAAUGCUUCUUACUAUGAAGACUGAUCAGACAGUGAGAUCAUUUCAGCUGGACGACUUCAAUAAGAAGGACAUCUACAAGAAACAGUGGAGGUGUGUGCAGUACUUAGCAGAUCAGUUUUGGGCUCGUUGGCGAGUUGAAUACCUUCCAUCUCUUCAAGUGCGUUCCAAGUGGAAACAAGAGUCUAAGAAUCUCCAAGAGGGUGAUGUCGUGCUUCUCGCCGAUAAAUCUACAUACCGAAACGAAUGGCCAGUCGGAAGAAUCGUCAAAGCUCAUCCAAGUUCCGAUAAUCGCGUUCGCAAGGUUGAUGUGCGCGUCGGCAGUGACAAGAGAACAUUUACUCGACCCACAAGUGACAUUGUGUUACUUUGCAGGAAAGAUUGUGAAAGCGAAUGA